UUUGAAGGUUGGGAAAUGACCUUGGAUUCUGACAACCUCAGCCUUCUUUCUAUUCUAAAAUUCCGUAAAUUAAAAGACGAUUUUACUUAUAAUAAACAUGCUAAACACUUUUUCAUAUCCAAGGAGGAGUUGGGCUACGUGUCAAAACAACCACCUAAGCUUCCUGGCUACGCGUCAGGUUGGGAAUGGGUUAUGUAUCCGUUCGCAGUUUGCGAAAAGAUCAAAUUAAAGUACUAUUCUUUUACUGAUCCUAAGCUUCAGAAAAAUGGAAAAGAUGUGCAAAUGUUUUGGGAAAGGAUCGAAAUCGAGCAAGCAGAAAUAAAGGCGAAAAGGAGUUUAAAGAGGGCUUGUUCUGAAUUCAAAAAUUUUAGGAAUUCAAUUUUCUGUGGCCAAAUAAUAGGAAUAGAUCUUCUUGAGGAUGGGUUGUACUUUGGUUUAGAAGGGCCAACUUUUAAUUUUCCGGCACAACUCACAGAUAUCAAAUGUCUUCGUAGUGCAUUGGAGGCCUUAUAUUUUUAUAAACAAAGCAUUGUUACAAAAGCAAGUUUAAUUCCUGAUCCAAAGAAGAUAAACAACCCAUAUAAUAAAAUACUUCAUUGCAAAUCAAACACAUUAACAGAAGCGAAGCAUUUCAAGCUUAAAUUUGUCCGAACAACAUAUUUUACGCCAAAGCAAAAGAGAAAGUAUCAUGCCCAAGACGAAUUUUUAAAAAAUGGUUGCUAA